UUUUAAGAGUAAACGGAUAGAAACUUCAAGGAACAUGAGAGAUGAAGGACGAGGAAUGCUCAAAAUACAUCAUUUGGGCCAGUGUGACAACUUCCAUCGUAGCCUGUGGUAUUUUUUUUCUUAUGUGGCGAUGUGUCUCUCGCCGUAAGCGUAACAGGCGAGAAAGUGGGCCCUCUGUCUCCCAGCGAAACCAUUGUCAUGACUGUAUGCAACAUGACAAAUCUUACUGUGGUGAAUUUCCAAUAUCGCACAGGAGAAAUGAUAUACAUGUAGAACAGAGUGUUCAUUGCCGGAAUACUGCUGAUGAAAGGCCGCUUCCUUCACUUCGGACUUAUCAGUCUCCUGUUUUGUAUCCUAGUCCGGUACCAGCCGGCGUUUUGUCGACAGUAAGCGGGAAUGUCUCUCCGAUGCUUAACACUUCCUUUAGAGAGCCAGAAGAACAUUUAAACCAUGACAUUCAAAAUCAAACUUUAAAUGAUUUGGGCACGUCGUCUUCGUCUUGUUCGGUAAGUGGUGAAACGUCAAACCGCUUCACCAGACCUUUCUUUUACAGUAAUGACAUGUAUACCGUUUCAGAACGAAGCAAAAUGAAAACAGUGGGAGGAAAACUCAUUGUAUCGGUUGCCCAUAAUGUGACUUCGAGUGGAGAUUGCCUGAUGCUAGACGAUAUGGGUAUAUCCCUAUAUAUACCACCAAAUGCAAUUCCAAAUGGAGAAGAAACUCUCGUAUGUCUUGUUCUGAAUUGGGAUCUAGGUGAUAAUCCUUAUAUGACUGAAACAGAGUCUCUUGUGAGCCCGGUGGUAUUUGUAGGGCCACAUGGACUAAAACUGCGGAAGCCCUGUGAAUUACGUUUUCGACAUUGUGCUUACGAUCCACGUCAUAUCGUUGUCAUGCGCAGUGAAACUGACCUCUAUGGCGACAAAUCGUGGAUGGAAAUGUACAAUCAAGAAAAUCAAGAUGAUAAAUGUAGUCUCUCGUCCGAUGAAUGCAGAUUGAAAAUCAAUACUUUUACAUUGUACACAUGCAUUCUAAGGCCAUUGAGGAAUUUGAAAAUGGCAAAGUGGUUACAAAUUGCAGCUUUCUCUAACCCUCUGGAAAAGCGCAUCGACCAUCAUGAGGUAAGGGUUUACUUUCUAAAUAAAACUCCUUGUGCUUUGCAAUGGGCGAUUCAAAAUGAAGCUCAUUUUCAACACGAGCUUUUGUGUCCAGAGAAGGCUUUUCUGUUCUACGGUCAAGUAGAAGACAUCUUAGACGUCAGAGUGACAUUGAAAUAUUUGUCACCCGAAUGGGAAAGUAUAGAAAACGACGAAUACGAACGUGUUCCUUACCUUCAUAUCUGGCACGGACAGUGUCCACAUAUUAGUAUGUGUUUCAAAAAGAAAGCUCAAUAUUCAGUUCGUGAGCUGAAUUUUCACCUGAACAUAUAUCAGGAAACACUUGAAAAUGAGGGUGAAAAAAUCGUUGUGCAUGCAACAGAGGAAUCAAAAAGAAUUGUAGAUAAUACAUGUAUAAUCAAUAUUAACGCUAGUCAAAAACAUGAAAGUGUUCCAAUACCUAGCGUGGAGGUCAACAGAACUGAAGACAGGGUAAAUGUGUCUGUAAAUCCAAACCAGAGUUGUUCAGUGGCAUUUCUGGAAGAAGUGUGUAAAAGCAAUAAUUCUAGACAUUAUAUUUCAUAUGACCUCAGAAAUCAACUCAAAAUCAAACUUGAUCCCCUGACCCCCCUUGGAAAUGAUUGGCGCCAACUCGCAGAGUUCCUGGAGAUGACCCCGUGUAUUAACUACUUGAGCAGUAUUAAGUCCAGUCCCACCGAGGUGCUCCUGUGUGUAGCUGAGCAUCGCAAUAUUCCUCUUGCAGAACUUGCGGAUGCGUUGACCAAAAUGAAGAGAUAUGAUGCAGAGCGCAUUAUUCGGAAUUUCCUAUCUGAUCAAAACCAGCUCGAUUCAGAUCUCUAUGCCAGGGGUGGACAUCAACACGACGAACGAAAAGUGCAUCGACUGAACGAAUUUAGUUAUGAAAAUCUUUCAUAUAAAUAA